AUGACGGCUCUAUUUCACGGCUCGUCUCCAACCUCGAUCCCCAGCGAGAAACGAGCCUUCUCGGGCAUCUCGAUGUCGUCCAACAAGCACCCCAACGGCCACAGCCCGUUUCCGCAGAAGCUGAAGAACUUCUUCCGGAUCAACACUCUAGGUAGCAAUGAUGAGAAGAAAGAUGGCUCGAUAAAGUCCGAGAGCAAGAGCUCAUUCCGACAGUCCAAGUUCUUCCCCGGCUCAGGACGGAAUCGCUCCACGACCGUGGCCAGUGAGGGCAAUGCUUUAGAUGAUGGGGUCAGUCCUACGGCUCAUGCCAAUCCAUACUUCGCGCACCAGGGCCCUCCUGCGUUACGACACCACAAUGAAGGUUCGGUUCCUCCGAGUCCACCUGAUACCCCGACCCUUAAAGUUGAUGCCGUGUCAGGAGCGAAUGAUCAGGCAACGAUUGCUGGGAAGGAAGAGUUGGCACGAAAGUUGAGGAGAGUAGCCAGUGCUCCAAAUGCUCAGGGACUUUUCUCAAAGGGUAAGGGAAGCGGUGAUAGGCCUGCCACAGCUGAGCUUGGUAAGGAGCCAUUGGCACACAAUGCCAGCACCAGCAUGCUGUCCCUGGUGGAUCCCAAGACGAAUGGAUCGCCUCUCGCUGGCCCUGCACAAGAUAGCCUAGGAGCUCUACAACCACCCAAUUUGCGAAAUGCCAUGGCGUUCAGGAGGACAUAUAGUUCGAAUUCCAUCAAAGUACGGAAUGUAGAGGUGGGACCAGGCAGUUUUGAUAAGAUUAAGUUGAUUGGAAAGGGAGAUGUAGGAAAAGUGUACCUGGUGCGGGAGAAGAAGAGCAGCAGGUUGUAUGCUAUGAAGGUAUUGAGCAAGAAGGAAAUGAUCAAGCGGAAUAAGAUCAAGAGAGCUUUGGCAGAGCAGGAAAUCUUGGCCACAAGCAAUCACCCGUUCAUCGUUACCCUAUACCAUUCUUUCCAAUCGGAGGAUCAUUUAUACCUGUGUAUGGAGUACUGCAGUGGUGGAGAGUUCUUCCGAGCCUUGCAGACUCGUCCUGGAAAGUGCAUACCAGAAGAUGAUGCGAGAUUCUAUGCCGCGGAGGUUACAGCUGCUUUGGAAUAUCUGCAUCUGAUGGGAUUCAUUUACAGAGAUUUGAAGCCAGAGAAUAUUCUGCUUCACCAAUCAGGACACAUCAUGUUGUCAGAUUUCGAUCUUUCCAAACAGUCUGACCCUGGUGGAAAGCCAACCAUGAUUCUGGGCCGAAAUGGUGCAAAUGUUAACUCAUUACCAACGAUCGAUACGAAAUCAUGCAUAAACAAUUUCAGGACGAAUUCGUUUGUUGGAACAGAGGAAUACAUUGCGCCGGAGGUCAUUAAGGGAUGUGGACACACAAGUGCGGUAGAUUGGUGGACUCUGGGUAUUCUGAUCUACGAGAUGCUGUACGGAACGACCCCUUUCAAGGGAAAGAACCGUAAUGCUACAUUCGCCAAUAUCUUGAGAGAUGAUGUCCCGUUCCCCGAGCAUUCUGGAACGCCACAAAUUUCUAAUUUGUGCAAAUCCCUGAUUAGAAAACUCCUCAUCAAGGAUGAAAAUCGCAGACUUGGCGCUCGGGCUGGAGCCUCUGAUGUCAAGACGCACCCCUUCUUCCGCACUACCCAAUGGGCUCUCAUCAGACACAUGAAGCCACCGAUGAUCCCACAUCAAGGACGAGGUGUCGAUACCGUCAACUUCCGAAAUGUGAAAGAGAGCGAGAGUGUGGAUAUUAGUGGGGGCAGAGCAAUGAUGCCAAUUCCCAAAGGAGUACCUCUCGAUUCUGGACUGGCCACACCUGGUGGUGAGGUCCUGGAUCCAUUCGAGGAAUUCAACUCGGUCACUUUACAUCACGAUGGAGACGACCACCACCAAACCGAAGAUCUGAACAACGGACGAUAUGACCAUUGA